CUGUGCCCUGUGGGACUCUUGAGAGAGGAGGGUAUCCACAAUGGAAGCUGAGAGCGCAGCGCGGUAGAGAGAAACUGAGGCACGAGGCGGAGAGGAUCAGAUGAGAUGGCAGGGAGUUGUCCGGAUUCUUAGGGCUCUCAGGGAGACACUUGCCUCCCGUGCAGCCACAUUCUUCUGGGACCAAGCCUUGGCCCAGUGCUUUAAUAGGGAGUGAGCCAAGAGCCAUGGCUUGGUGGAGCCUAGAUGGGCUUCCCCAAGGCCCUGUUGCAACAUGGAGAGAACUCGGGAGACUGAGCUCCUUGUAUCGUAUGCCUCCUUUCCCAUCUCCAGCCCCGAGCCACAGGGUUCGUAGAAAUUUGAGGAGGAAGGGCCUUUCUCUUUGGAAGGUGGCCUGAAAAUUGAACUGGAGUGUCCUUGUUUCUCCUAUUGUCCAGGGGAGCAUAAAUGGCUGGAGACAGAAUCUAGAGCCUUCAAAUUUUAUAGAGAUGUUGCCACCUUCAGGUUUCACUGGUUUGAUUCCCCCCUCUCACUUCCAAGCCCGGCCCCUCCCAACUGUGCCAAGAAUGGCCCCAACCUGGGCUUCAGACAUCCACCUGGUCCCACCCACAGCAAAUCAAGAUGUCUUAGAAAGGCCUCGAGUGACCAUGUGGAGACAGAAUGUUUCUGGAGAUGCACAGGGACCAGGAAUGCAAAGCAGGUUCUUGGAACUGGGGGACUCUCAUGCCCUGAGCCAGCAGGCUGAGCUGAUCUCUCGGCAGUUGCAAGAUCUGCGGCGGCUGGAAGACGAGGCCCGGGUCCUGCGGGAGACCUCACUGCAGCAGAAGAUGAAGCUGGACGCCCAGGCCAUGGAGCUGGAGGCUCUUACACUGGCAGAGAAGGCUGGCCGGGCGGAGGCUGAGGGCCUGCGUGCUGCCUUGGCUGGGGCUGAAUUGGUCCGGAAAAACCUGGAAGAGGGGAACAAAAGGGAGCUGGAGGAGUUUCAGAGGCUGCACCAGGAGCAGCUGUUGUCCUUGACCCAGGCUCACCAGGGGGCUCUUUCCAGUUUGAUCAGCAAGGCCGAGGGCUUGGAGAAGUCUCUGAGUAGUUUGGAAAUGAGGAGAGCAGGGGAAGCCAAGGAGCUGGCUCUGGCCCAGAAGGAGGGCGAGCUGCUGCGGAGACAGCUGAGUAAGACCCAAGAAGAGUUGGAAGCUCAGGUGACCUUGGUGGAGAAUCUGAGGAACUAUGUGGGGGAACAAGUCCCUCCUGAGGCCCACAGCCAGGCAUGGGAACCGGAGCGGCGGGAGCUUCUGGACACUGUGCAGCACUUGCAGGAGGACCGGGAUGGCCUGCAGGCCACUGUAGAGCUGCUGGAGGUGCGUGUGCAGAGCCUCACACACAUGCUUACCCUGCAGGAGGAGGAGCUGAUCAGGAAGGCCCAAUCUUCAGACGCUCUGGAGCCCGAGCUUGCUAAGAAGUGUCAGUCCCUGCUGGGCUGUUGGCGGGAGAAGGUGUUCGUGCUCAUGGUGCAGCUCAAGUCCCAGCAGCUGGAGCACAGGGGCUCCACGGAGCAGCUGAAGGGCCAGGUAGCAGAACUCCAGGAGCGACUGACAGCCCAGAGCCAGGAGCUGGCCAUCCUGCAGCGAGCCUUGCAGGACAAAGCCGCGGAGGUGGAGGUGGAGCGGAUGGGUGCUAAGGCUCUGCGGAUGGAGCUGAACCGUACUCAGGAGGCCAAGCGAAGGCAACAGGAGCUGACAGCCUCUACUGAGGAGCAGCUGGAGCGCCUGGCCAGUGCCGUGAGCAGCUCUGAGAUCAGCUUCCAGAACACAGUGACCAAGUUGGACCGGGCUGUAGCCCGGCUUCCCAGCCUCAGCAACCGACUCAGCUAUGCUGUCCGCCAGGUCCACACCAUCCAGGGCCUGAUGGCUCGAAAACUGGCUGUCGCUCAGCUGCGGCUGGAGAGCUGUCCGCUACUUCCAGCCCCACCCCCGUUGGACUUGGACCUGAACCUUGAGUUGCAACAGCUGCGGGAAGAGCGGAACCGCCUGGAUGCAGAGCUACAGCUAAGCGCCCACCUUAUCCAACAGGAGGUGGGCCGGGCCCGAGAGCAAGGGGAGGCAGAGAGGAGGCAGCUGAGUGAGGUUGCCCAGCAGCUGGAGCAGGAGCUGCAGUGUGCCCAGGAAUCCCUGGUCAGUGUGGGCCAGCAGCUGGAGGCAGCUCGCCGGGGCCAGCAGGAGAGCACUGAGGAGGCAGCCAGUCUCCGGAAGGAGCUGACCCAGCAGCAGGAGAUCUACGGGCAAGCCCUGCAAGAGAAGGUGGCGGAGGUGGAGACUCGGCUGCGGGAACAGCUCUCAGACACGGAGAGGAGGCUGAACGAGGCUAAGAGGGAGCAGGCCAAGGCUGUGGUUUCCCUGCGCCAGAUCCAGCGCAAGGCCACCCGGGAGAAGGAGCGGAACCAGGAGCUUAGGCGACUGCAGGAGGAGGCCAGAAAGGAGGAAGGGCAGCGGCUGACCCUACGCCUGCAGGAGUUGGAGAAGGACAAGAACCUCCUGCUGGUAGGGGCAGCAGGAAGCAGCCCUCCCCUCCCAGGUGGACUGGCCACCUUGCAGCAGGAGGGUCUCCUCUCCCAUUACAAGCAGCAGCGACUGCUGGCAGUUCUUCCCUCCCCCCUGGAUGAGGAGAAGUCUGUGGAGUCAGGCCCCAGGCCUCCAGGAUCCUCAAUCCCUAUAUCUCCUCCAGCAGCUGCUCGGUCCACUAGGGGUUCCAUAAAAGCGUCCCUGUCUGUCCUGCUUGACAAUCUGCAGGGCCUCAGUGAGGCCAUUUCCAAAGAGGAAGCUGUUUGUCAAGGAGACAAUCAAAACACUCCUGCAUUAGCCUGCACCUGAGCAGCUGGGAACUGGAGGGGAAGCCAGCCUGGGUCGGAUCCCAGGAAGGUCUGGAAGAGAGCCCAUGGGGGAGGGACCAGCCCAACCCUCCUCCCCAUCCCAGUUUCCACCAAGUCUGAAUUCUGCACUUAAUAAAUAUGAGCACGCUGAGCUGUUGCUUAGGAAUAUCUGAAGUGUAGCAUCCCCCUUCCUGGGGCUGAGAUGUGCCGCUGCCAGCUCUGCCUCUGAGUGGCACCUUUUCCAAACCCCUUUUCUGGCUGCUUUGAGAGUGUUUGGGAAGCUCCCAGCUUUCUUUAUUCUCACUUAAACGUUUUUUAAAUUUA